AUGAAGAAUGCUUCACAAGACCAAAUCUCGAUAGCUGUCAUCGGUCUAGGCCUGAUCGGUCGUCGCCAUGCACAGACUAUCCUCGAAGAACCAGGAGCUCGUCUCAUCGCUGUGGUAGAUCCUGUAGCAGUGCCCAAAAUUUUCUUAUCUCACUUCAAAGUCCCAUGUUAUCCGAACAUAAGUGAUCUUAUAGCCGGGCCAGAUAAACCACAAUGCGCUGUCAUCUGUACACCCAACGACACUCACGUCCCCGUCGGCCUAGAACUCAUCAAAGCCGGCAUCCACAUCCUGGUCGAGAAGCCAGUCAGCACGGACAUUGAAUCAGGUCAACAGCUCGUGCAAGCCGCUGAGGAAGCACAAGUAAAGCUCCUCGUCGGCCAUCAUCGUCGCUUCAAUCCGCACAUCAUCAGGGCCAAACAAGUCAUCGAGUCGAGAACUUUGGGUAACAUUAUAGCCAUCAACGGACUCUGGACCGCAUUCAAGCCACUCCGCUAUUUUCAAGCUCCCACAGAAUGGCGUCAGAGCUCAUCAGGUGGUGUGUUGCUCAUCAACAUGAUCCACGACAUUGAUCUGCUCCAACACUUAUUUGGUCCAAUCACUCGUGUUUACGCUGAGAGAACGACCUCACAACGCAGAUAUUUAGCUGAGGAGGGUGCUGCGAUAACGUUGCGAUUCGCUUGUGGUGUUGUUGGAACAUUUGUAAUCUGCGAUCAUACACCUUCACCACAUAGUUUUGAGGCUGGGACGGGCGAGAAUCCAUUGAUUUCGAAAACUGGGGAGGACUUCUAUCGGGUAUUUGGAACAGAGGGAACUUUGGAGAUUCCUGAUUGUAGCAUUUGGUCGUUUGCUGAGGGAGAGGAGAGGUCCUGGUCAUCGAAGCUUGUGGUAGAAGAAGGGGGUGUGGAAGAGGGUGUACCGUUUGUAUCGCAGUUGAAGCAUUUCUUGAGAGUGGGGAAAGGCGAGGAAGAACCGAUGUGUAGUGGUGCGGACGGUGUAAGAGCGUUGAUUGUUUGUGAGGCGAUCAAGAGAUCGAUGAGGGAUGAGGUGCCUGUGACGAUCGAUGUGUCUACAUAG